UGUACUUCCAUGGAUUUUUGGAUUACUCCCUUGUGUUGGAUUCCCUUGCCUUUUGUAGGAUUUAACUUGUGUCUGGACCUUGUACUCAGUCCUUGUUGGAAUUACCCUUUUGUUUGGACUCUUGCCUUGAGAGAAGUAGUAAGCCUGUUCACUACCUGCCAAAUAUAUGCCACCCACUGACAGCUACCAUGGUAGCAAGAUAGUCAGUUAUUCACUCACACACCUGUCAGUGGUGAUAAUGUUAAGGCUGAUUGGUGUAUUUUAGGAUUUUAUAUUUGAGUAGUGCUGAAGACAUACUUGAAAAAUGUGGACACAUCCUCUGUGUUCAUAACUGUUUUGGCUAUAGGUAUUUGGUAUUACUGAAAUAUUUAGUAUGUAAGUCUACCGGUUAAUCUAUAGCAUUAAAAUUUUUACGAUUUUCAAUUUUCAUUCCUGAAAAAGCAAUAUACUUUUACAAGUUUUAGGAGAACAAAAUGUCCAGGACAGCUCUGCACUCUGACAAAUACUCCACUUAUUACAUAAUUAAAAGUAGUUUUUAGCAUGUUACAUAACAGAUAUGAGUCAGUGUUUUUCACCUCUUAUUUAUUUUUUUGAGCUCAGGUGCUUUUUGGGAACCUGGUCCAUAGGACUGCAGCAGGCAUCUUCAGGCAUUUUAAAUACUUUCAACAUUCAAUCUUCUACUGUAGUUAGAGUGAAAAUGGUUAAAUAGAGAGACUGUCUCAACAGUAUAAUACCCAAUUGAAAUACACAGGAAUCAGCAAAUGAAUAAAUAUUUUCAAUUCCUUACAAGUUCAACCCAAUUUGAAUACAGUACAUUUUCACUUUUUCCUUUGCAAUGCCCAGAUGCACAAUCUGUCUACUGUUACGUACUCUGUUAAAUGUGUGUGUUUGUCUUUGGCUCUUUAUCCUCUUGAUAUUAAUCUCAUUAAUCCCUUCCCCUGUGGAGUCUUUUGACAUUGUCUGUCAGGUUUUUGAUGCAUUAAAGCUAAAAGCUUAGAAUGUGACAACGUUAAUGGAUGGUGUUUUACCAGGAAUACCGAACUAGACACAGUGUCCUGAUUAUGUUCAGGAUGACCUCAGGGUCAUCCAUUAGUCACCCAAACACUGGAGUUAAGAGAGGAAGGGCGGAAAGGAUAAAUGGACAAAUCAUCCAGGAGAGUUUGUCUUUCACUUCACUUCAAGUGUUGCAGGUAUGAUGACACAACUGAUUGCUGUUACUGCACAUCACAAUUUCUGAAAAAUAAAUUCAGAGACAACAGGAGGAUUUGGAAUCACCAAUUUAAGGUUUUUCUUCACAUCUCCAAAUGGAAACAAUACUGUAACUACAGUACAGUUCUGUCAAAUACCAGUCUACCACCAUGGCCAUCAUCAGUGCUGGAUUUGAUGAUCAGUCCUUUAGUAGUGAAGACAGUUACAGCCAUGUCUUCACAGAUUCAGAGACCACAGUCAAAGGAUUGUACUUUCAGCGUGCACAGCUGCUCCGUGGGUCAGAGGCAUUGCGCUGGUACUGCGAUCCCACAGAGCAGGCCCUUGUAAACGUCGGGGGCAUCCGGUACGCCUUUCCCUGGAGCACCCUUGAGGAUGUCCCCCAGAGCCGCCUGAGCCGUCUGCGCUUCUGCACCACCCUGAGGGAGAUAGCAGAGUUUUGUGAUGACUAUGACGAAAUGCGACAUGAAUUCUUCUUUGACCGUGACCCUUUAGCCUUUCGGGCCAUCCUCAACCUCCUGGCAAAGGGGAAGUUGCGUCUGCAGCAGGAGGUCUGCAACGUGGCCCUUCACAAUGAGCUGCUCUACUGGGGCAUUAAUGUAGGACAGAUGGAGCCCUGCUGUCGCCACCGCAUGAUGUCCUCUCUGGAGCAAGUGACCGAGCACCAGCGCAAGGAAAACGAGUGGCGGGAGAGAAGGAGGGCACUGAGAGCUCCUGUGGCAGAGGGCAGCCUGUUCCACAUGCUGGGAGAAGCAGUGGAGAACCCUCAUUCGGGUUUAGCGGGGAAAGUGUUUGCCUUCAUGUCUGUCAUCAUGGUGGUGGUUACUGUGGUCAGCCUGUGCAUUAGCACCAUGUCAGACGAACAAGAGGAAGGAGCCACGGGUAAAUGCUCCCAAAAGUGCCGCGACAUGUUUAUGGUGGAGUCUUUUUGUGUUGCUUGGUUCUCCCUAGAGUUUCUGGUGCGAUUUUUCCACGCACAGAGCAAGCUGGAGUUUGCCCGUUGCCCUCUGAACAUCAUUGAUGCUGCUGCCAUCUUGCCCUACUAUGUGUCCCUGUUUCUGGAGCUCAGAGAUGAGUCUGUGCAGGACAUUGUGGCCGGUGCAGGAAAGAGCACAAUGGAUAAACUGGGGCUAAUCCUGCGUAUGAUGAGGGCCCUGCGUAUACUGUAUGUGAUGAGGCUGGCCCGACACUCUCUGGGUCUGCAGACUUUGGGGCUGACUAUCCACCGGAGUAUGACGGACUUCAGCUUGCUGCUGCUCUUUGUGUGUAUCUCGGUGACUCUAUUCUCCCCACUGGUGCAUCUCGCUGAGAGUGAGCUGGCUCCAAACAGUGCCAAAUCCCCCCAGCUCAGCUUCAGCAGCAUCCCAGCGUCAUACUGGUGGUCCAUCAUUUCGGUGACCACGGUGGGGUACGGUGACAUGGUGCCCCACAGCAUCCCUGGCCAAUUUGUGGCACUGAUCAGCAUCUUAUCAGGGAUCCUCAUUUUGUCUUUCCCUUCCACAUCUAUCUUCCACACGUUCCAGUGCACCUACAACGAGCUCAAGGAGGAGCACAAGAGGCUGUGGAAGGAGGAGAGGGGGGCUGAGCUCGCCACUGAGGCUGAGGAAAGCAUGAAAGAAAGAGAAACUUGGCCUGAUGACUGGCCAGAAACUGAUCUUUUACCUGGUCUAGAUGAUCCUUAUUACCUUUUUGUGAAAGACAUUACAGUGCUGGCUCGGAGCAAGAGUCAUCAACCUCUUCUUUCUCCAGUGACUUGUUGAGUUCACAGAGAUACACUAUAAAGUAUGGCCAAGAUAUGUGGACAUCCAUUCCCAACAUCGGAUGAAAGUGUAAGAAAAUUCCUGCAGCCAAGUUCCAAAAUACUGUAGAAAGUCUUCCCUGAAGGGUUGAGGCAGUCAUAGCAACACGAGAGGUUGUGGGUAUUAAUUAUUUAGCUUUUCAAAUUAAAUGUUGUAAUGUGGGUGUUAAAGUAGAUUAUUCGAUUGUGAGCAUGUUAGUUUAUUCAGCUGAUAUAAUCUUACUAGUUGAGCAUAAAAGAGUUGUUGUUAAUGUAUGUGGCUGACUGGUGGCAAACCAGGACAAAGCACUAAUAUCAAUAUUCCAUUAUAGUGGCAAGAGCCUUUGUCUUUUAAGGAUAUUAAUGUUUAGUGGAUUCAGAGGAUAAUUCAUUACAGAGUUCAUAAGUUUACCAGUGGUGAUAUAGGAUGGGAACCUCCAAACGUCAGACAUAAAUGUGAGAUGAUUCAACUUUGACUUGUGAAAUUUCCUGAUCACUCAGACUUUUAACGGAGACAUUUGUUAUGGACAUCCCUGGGCUAGAGAGAUGAAAUCUAUUAAAGAUGUUUUUUGAUUUGUUUUUUUAUUUUACAAAACAAAUUGCAAUUUUUAUGAUGCUCAAAACAAAUAGUUUCUUAUGUAUAAGGAAAGACGGUCUGUUAACACGUCUUGUGAAAAACAAUUACCAAUGUGAAGCAGAAUUUCUCACAAAGAUUGUGCGUACAGUGAGGUUCAGGUAUAUUGCCAUUAGCUGUAGAGAGGCAGGUUUUCUGAAGAGAAAAGGGUUCGUCUGUUAUGUGAUUGAGACGAGAUAGACAAAGUCCAUUUUAUGUUUUAGUGGUCAUUAUAUUAUGAUUUAAGGGUCAUCAAGAGUUUUUCUGGCUGGAUGAUUCUAAAAACUUUAGAUGUGUUUUAGGAAGUAAACCUUUGUUGUGGAGAAUUUACUUUUAGACAAGAGUGAGGAGUGAAAAUGAUUUGUUUGCAAAGUAAUAUUAUAUUUAAGAAGUCAUGAUGUUGGGGUUUUUUUGGACAGAUGUUUCACCUUUGCAAUUGUAUUUUUGAUGUCUUAAAUAACAGUAACUUUAUUUAUAUAACA